CUCUCUGACAGUUUCGUCAGAGGGGAUACGCUAAAACUGAUUGGUUCCUCGUUGGCGCCGGGAACCGAGCGAUGGAGUUGCAGGCGGAGCUGACCGGCCGCGAUGGCUUGAAACGAGCAUGGCGAGUUCGGUGUGAUCCUCCGGGAGAGCUGCGGGGCCUGCUGGCGGGCUUGUCUCGGCUGCGGGAGGAAGUCACCGCUCGGCUUGGCCCUCUGGUGCAACAGGAGAGCCUCGCUGCCGCCGGGGACCGAGAUGAGCGUGGAGGUGAUAAUGGAGAUGAAGAUGAGGAGGAAGAAGAAGAGGAAGAAGGGAAGCAUAUCAAUACCAAAGGAUAUUCAGAUGAACCACCAUUAAAACGGACAAAACCACACUCCUGAUGGAAACUAUAAAACUUUUUUUAAAAAAUAUUAAAGUUCCCAUACUAUGAAAACUUAUAUUUAAAAAAAUCAAGGCUGUUUGAUUGGAUGUUGAUUUAAAAUUGUUCAUAAAGUUAUGUAUCUGUUAUUUUAAAUUAU